CAGAGGGGGACAUGGGUCAACUUAAUGGUGCGACUCUUUUACCAUUUGGCGCAAUCUGUGUGGUUUUCCUGUGGGAAUCUGGGGCCAGCUCUGUCAGGACGACGGUGGAAGUGGACACAUCGAGCAUGGAGUGUCCAGAGAAUAAAAUCCUGACUGUGGAGUAUCCCUGCGUCAGAGCCGGGGGGAGGAACGGCACCUGUUUCAGGAGGAAGUGCUGUGGUGGAUUCAGGUUUGUGAUGGGCCAGUGCAUACCUGAAAGUGUGGACGUGUGUGCAGCGUCGCCCUGUGAGCAGCAGUGCACUGAUAACUUUGGGCGAGUCAUCUGCACGUGUUACCCUGGCUACCGCUUCGACAGGGAAAGACAUCGCACUCACAAAUCUCCCUACUGCCUGGAUAUUGAUGAGUGUGGGAACUCGAGCAGCAGUUUGUGCGACCACGAGUGUGUGAACACAGUGGGCAGUUUUCAGUGUCGCUGUCACAGUGGUUACAUACUCGCACCGGACCAGCGGUCCUGCAUCCCCGUACACAACUUGAGUUCAUCGGGGAAGUCCGACACCUUGAUGAGUGCUGGUACCUGCUCGUUCACCUGUCAGGAUUUCAUCAACAUGAAAAACAACCUGCUUCAGUUAAAGCUGCGGCUGGGAAACACACAGUCGUCCAACCAGGUUUCUGGUCUGGCAAACAGCAGUGACAAACCAUCUCAGGGACGAGGAGGAAAAGGUCCCGAUGGGCCCUGUCUUCCUGGUUUACCUGGCCCUCCAGGAGCUCCAGGUGUCCCAGGACACCCAGGAGAACCAGGAAACCCUGGAAAACCAGGAGAGAGAGGCCAUCCUGGCUCAAGGGGCGACAUGGGGCCCAUGGGUCCAGAACCAGAUCUGAGCCAUAUAAAGAGGGGCCGCAGGGGGCCAGUGGGGCUGCCGGGGGCAACAGGAAGAGAUGGAUUAAAGGGUGAGCGAGGAGCUCCUGGUCCCAGAGGUCCACCUGGACCACCCGGCUCCUUCGACUUCCUGCUGCUCAUGAUGGCCGACAUCCGCAAUGACAUCAUCGAGCUCCAGGAGAAGGUGUUCGGUGAGCGGCGAGGUCUCUCUCUGGACAGUCCUCCUCAGUCCAGCGGGGAGGAGGACUUUGUCGAGUGGGGCUCUGGACCAGAGGAUGUUCCGCUCAAUACAUGACCCGUUCACAAACCUGCUGAGAGGAGCUGUAGAAGGAGACCAAUAAAAACAAACUCCAAACCUGGAGAUCAGAGCAUCAACAAGCUCCUCACAUUGCAGCUGAAGAGAACAGAGCAAUGGCUUUGGAUGAACGGAGUAAA